GACCCACGAGUCAAGUCACUCAGAACCCUUUGUUACUUUCUUUUCCUCAACAAUGACGCCGGGAAGUGACAUCACGUCACCGUCUCCAGCAUCUUUCAGGCUUCGUUGGGACGUGUUCCUGAGCUUCAGAGGCACCGACACGCGCAACACCUUCACCAUGGACCUCUACAACGCGCUCCACAGUCGUGGGAUUCGGGUCUUCCGUGACGAUGACGGGUUGGAUCGUGGCGACGAGAUCCAGAAGAAGCUUCUAGAAGCUAUUGAAGAUUCCGCAGCCUCUGUUAUCGUUUUGUCUCCUGAUUAUGCGUCUUCACAUUGGUGUUUGGAGGAGCUUGCGAAGAUUUGUGAGUGUGGGAGGCUGAUCUUGCCCGUUUUCUAUUUGGUUGACCCGUCUCAUGUCAGAAAGCAAAAGGGUCCCUUUGAGAUGUCUUUCAGGUCCCAUGCAAAGAAGUUUUCCAGUGAGGAGGUUCAGCAGUGGAGGGAUGCCAUGAAAAAAGUGGGUGGAAUCGCUGGUUGGGUUUUGGGUGAGAACAGUGACAGUGAAAAAAGUGAUGAGCUUAUUCGAGUUUUGGUGCAAACGGUUAUGAAGCAGAUGAGGAGUACUCCACUGAGUGUACCUCCGCACACAGUUGGGCUUGAUGAGAGAGUUGAAGAGUUGAAAAAGUUGAUUAAUGUGAAAUCCAACGAUGUAAGGGUUUUGGGGUUGUAUGGUAUGGGUGGGGUAGGCAAAACAACCCUGGCCAAGAGCCUCUUCAACAACCUUGUUGUUCAUUUUGAGCUUCGCAGCUUCAUUCCAAAUGUUAGACAAGUUUCCCAACAUGAAGAUGGUUUGAUUUCUCUUCAAAACAGAAUUCAUGCUGAUCUUUCCAAUGGUAGAAAACUGGGUCUCAUCAAUGAUGUUAAUGAUGGAUUUUCAGCUAUCAAAAGAAUAAUACAAGAGAAUCGAGUUUUGUUAAUCCUAGAUGAUGUUGAUGAUGUAAAGCAACUUGAUUUUUUGAUGGGUAAGAAGGAAUGGUUUUAUAAAGGAAGUCGGAUUCUAAUAACGACAAGGGAUACACAAGUUUUACCUGAGAGUUAUGUUGAUGUGCUCUAUGAGGUAAGGGAAUUGGAUUUCUCUUCAUCACUUGAAUUGUUCUGGUAUCAUGCAAUGAGAAGAAAGAAACCUACAGAGGAUCUUUCGGAUGUGUCAAAACAAAUAGUAGAAAAAACAGGAGGGUUACCUUUGGCUUUGGAGGUUUUUGGGUCUUUUUUGUUUGAUAAAAGGACACCACUGGAAUGGAAAGAUGCUUUGGAGAAGCUGAAACAGAUUCGACCUGCUUGUCUUCAUGAUGUGUUGAAGAUUAGUUUUGAUGCGUUAGAUGAACAAGAGAGAUGCAUUUUCCUUGACAUUGCUUGUUUGUUUGUGCAAAUGGAAAUGAAGAGAGAAGAUGUGGUUGAUAUAUUGGAUGGUUGUAAUCUUAGAGGAGAGAUAGCAUUAACAGUCCUCACUGCAAAAUCUCUAAUUAAAAUCAUUAAUGAUGGUGUCCUGUGGAUGCAUGAUCAAGUUAGAGACAUGGGAAGGCAAAUUGUUCAAAAUGAAAGUCUAGUGGAUCCUGGUCUACGUAGCAGGCUUUGGGAUCGUGCUGAAAUCUUGACUGUCUUCAAGAAUAAGAAGGGAACAAGAAAUGUUCAAGGGAUUGUCCUAGAUUGUGUUAAGAGAAGAAUGGUUAGCUCCAUUCCUAGAGAUCGCACUGCUGAUGAAAUUACUCGGGAUAACUUUAGAAAAAAGCCCAGUUGUAAAACUGCAUCAGCAUAUAUUAAAGAGAGAUAUAAAAAGUAUGUGAGGGAAAGAGAAGAGAAAGCAAAACAGUUUAUACUUCAUGCAAAGCACUUUCAACCAAUGGUUUCAUUAAGGCUACUUCAAAUUAAUUAUUCGAGAUUGGAAGGACGAUCCAGGUGUCUUCGUUCAGGACUCAAGUGGUUACAAUGGAAACAAUGUCCAUUAAGGUGUAUGCCUUCUAACUAUAAUCCUUUGGAACUUGCAGUGUUGGAUCUCUCUGAAAGUGAUAUUGAAACGGUGUGGGGCAGACACAGUAACAAGGUGGCUGAGCAGUUGACGGUUUUAAACCUCACCAGUUGCCAUCGUUUGACAGCAACUCCUGAUUUAAGUGGGUAUCUGUCCCUGAAAAAGAUUGUUUUGGAAGAAUGCUCUCAUCUAACUUGGAUUCACGAAUCACUAGGAAAUCUAAGUACCUUAAUUCACUUGAACCUGAGCCUAUGCUCUAACCUUAUCGAACUACCCGGUGAUAUGUCUGGCCUCAAACUUCUCGAGGACCUUAUUCUUUCUGGCUGCUGGAAAUUGAAAGCAUUGCCCAAAGACUUAAGCCGCAUGGUUAAUUUAAAACAACUUCUUCUUGAUGACACUGCUAUAACUGAGCUACCUGAGUCCAUCUUUCACCUGACAAAACUUGAAAAGUUGAGUGCAAAUAAAUGCCAGUAUCUGAAGAGGUUACCUAACUGCAUUGGGAAACUGACCUCACUGCAAGAAUUGUCACUAAACAAUACACCAUUAGAGGAAUUGCCAGAUUCUGUUGGUUCGUUGGAAAACCUUGAGACCCUUGGUUUGGUGGGGUGUAAAUCACUCUCCGUGAUUCCUAACUCUAUUGGGAAAAUAAUUUCAUUAACACAACUAUUUUUGAACGUCAGUGGAAUUAAGGAAUUGCCUGCUUCUAUUGGUUCUUUAUCAUAUUUAAGGAAAUUGUCUGUUGGAGGCUGCACUUCUCUUGACAAAUUGUCCGUGUCAAUAGAAGCAUUAGUUUCUAUUGUUGAGCUUCAGUUAGAUGGAACAUCAAUUACCUAUUUGCCAGAUCAAAUUGGGGCCUUGAAAAUGCUAGUAAAGCUUGAGAUGAGAAAUUGUCAGCAUCUCAGGUUUCUACCAGAAUCAUUUGGCUGCAUGUCAGCUCUUGCCAUCUUGGACAUGCAUGAGACAAAUAUUACUGAAUUGCCAGAGUCAAUAGGAAUGUUGGAAAAUCUUAUUCGGUUGAGAUUAGACAUGUGCAAACAGCUACAAAGGCUUCCAUCUUCCAUUGGAAAUUUGAAAUCCUUGCGAUGGUUAAUGAUGAAGGAAACUGCACUAACGAAUCUACCUGAUAGCUUUGGGAUGCUAACAAGCCUGGUAAAACUUGACAUGAAAAGAAAGCCCUAUCUUAAUGGGGUUGGAACCAGCAUGCCCACUGGGAUAACAAUUCCUAACAAACUAGAAGAACCUAAUUCAGAGGCGAUCUUAACUUCUUUUUGCAAUCUUACCUUGCUGGAAGAGGUAGAUGCUCAUGGGUGGCAACUAUAUGGCAAAAUUCCAGAUGACUUUGGAAAGCUAUCGUCACUAGAAACUUUAAUUUUAUGCCACAACAAUAUUUGCAGUCUUCCAGUCAGCAUGACAGGUCUCUCUUAUCUCAAAAAGCUUAGGUUAUCAUAUUGCAGGGAGCUCGUGUUUCUGCCUCCUCUUCCCUCUUGCUUAGAAGAGCUUAAUCUUGCAAACUGUACUGCAGUACAGUACAUAUCCGAUAUUUCAAACUUGGAGCGCUUAGAGGAGCUGAACCUUACAAAUUGUGAAAAGGUGGUGGAUAUACCAGGUCUUGAACAUUUGAAGUCCUUAAGAAGGUUGUACAUGAAUGGUUGCAUUGGAUGCCACCUUGUCGUAAAGAGAAGAUUUUCUAAGGUUCUACUUAAAAAAUUACAGAUUUUGAUUAUGCCUGGAAACACAGUUCCAGAUUGGUUUACAGCGGAACCAGUUGUCUUUUCCAAGCGAAGAAACCGCGAGCUUAAAGGUAUUAUUUGUUUUGGCGUGCUUUCUUUCAACAAUAUACCAGAAAACCGAAGAGAAGAGCUGCAGUUAGUGGAUGUUCAAGGGAAAAUCUUUAAUAUGACGGAUAAUGUAUAUAGCACAACGUUUCGCCUGCUAGGAGUACCUAGGACAAAUGAAGAGCACAUUUUUUUGCGCAGAUUUGGGGUUCAGUCUUCGUUAGUUUUUGAGUUAAAAGAUAAAUAUACCUUACAUUUGACAAAGCGAAACCCACCCUUUGUUGAGGGGCUGGAGCUGAAGAACUGUAGAAUUCAUUUAGUUUUUGAAGGGGAUGAUGAUUAUGAGGAAGAUGAAGGAUCACUAGACGAAAGUCAAUACUCCGUUUCACAAAAAUUAGCCAAGUUCUUCAACUUAACUGCAGAAUAUGACCCAUGUGGAUGAGUAUCAGUCUUCAGCUGAACUGCAGGAAAUCAAAAAAUGAAUAAUAUGCAUAGUUGCAUGCCUAGGUCAUCACGCAGUCGUUUUUUGUGCAAAAUCUUUCGAGUAGUUUGAAAUGAAUGUCAUUCUUAUGUUGCGAUUUUCAGGUUUCCCCUACUGAACAAAUAAAGUAGUUCUGUAACGUCAUUCUUUACCAAUUAGACGGGUAAAUAAUGUUGAAGAACUCUUUAAUUAGCAGGCAAUGACCUAACCUGACAUUUGCUUAUUAACUGUACAGCAAACUUUCCAUAACUACACUGAACACGAUAAUUUUGUGUUGGAAGGCCACAACAGAAUGAAAAGUUUUCUGAAUAUUCG